UCUAGAUAAACACUAUUGGCAAAUAAACUAAAUUAGUAUAUCUCUUAAUUUGGAUAUCAUUUGAUAAGUCGGGACGACACCCAUUUCAUAAAAUCAGCACCAGUGCUUCCGAAAAAUUACCGCUAUGUCGUUUGUCGUUUUCGGUGUUUUGUUUUCAAUAUUUUGUGGAAACGUAUUGAGUGAUAUUUGUUCCAACAACAGUAAAUUCGAUUGCGUUUGCAAAUCGUUCACAGAUCAAAUCACCCAUCUGCCAUUAACGAUAGCCGAUUGUGGUGAUGCAGGAAUCGAGACACUUCCUACCGAUCUAGGUGAAGAUUUGAGUAUUCUGGAUGUUUCGUCGAACGAAAUAGGCAGCUUAGACGCGAAGCUAGCCAGCAAGAGCUUAGUAAAACUAAUACUUAGCUACAAUAACGUAUCAAAAGUGGCAGUUGGUUUCUUCGACAACCUUCCGAAUUUGAAAUAUUUGGAUUUGAGUAACAAUUUUCUUACUUCCUUUGACAACGCCGAGGUUUUCAAGAAAUUACCAAAUUUGAGAUACUUGGAUUUGAGUUACAACAAUUUUAAAUCGCUACCAGAAUUCAUAUUCAGCCCUUUAAAGGAAUUGAGACGGUUACACUUGAGCUACAAUGACUUGGGGGAGUAUUUAAUGCCAAAUAAAGCUGUGUUAGGCGAUGUGCUAGGAGUUACACCGAAUUUAACGCAUUUAGAUUUAAGCGGUUUGGGUUUAAAGGAACUUCACACAACAUACUUCGAUCAUUUCGUUGAAUUGAAAACGUUGAGUUUAGAAGAUAACAAUUUAACCACGAUUCCGACGAUACCUUACACCAUAGAAUUCUUGGAUCUUUCCGGAAACAGGCUUACCGUUAUCUCUGCGAAAUACCUCAAUUACCAUUCCUUGAAAGUACUCAAAUUGAACAGAAUGAAUACCUUGACCUCCAUACACCACUACGCUUUCUACAAUUUGGUUUCUUUGGAAAAAUUGUACAUCACAGAUUGCGCUAAUUUAAAAGAAUUCAGCGAUCUAGCUUUUGACGACGCUUCCAAAGACAUCCAUCAUCAUCCAAAAUUUCUCUCACUAGCCAGAAACGGACUGGAAUCGCUGAAUGAAACGUACAAAUACUUCUUCAAGAGAAUGGAACACAUCGAUUUGAUCCACAAUCCGUGGAACUGCGACUGCAAUAUUCUGUGGCUCAAGGAUUUCGCGCAGGAAUUGAACAGACCGCACGAAUUAAGGUGUAGUUAUCCAGACCAAUUAAAGCACAAGAAAAUACUAGACCUCGAACCGUCCGAUUUGAAGGAUUGUUUUCCAGCGAUUUACGGGAAGAAAAGCCAUAGGGCAUUAAUUGUGGUGUUAGCAGUAGCUUGUGUAACACUCUGCGGUUUGAUAUUUUACCUACUGAGGUACCCUGUGAAUGGUUUUGCUGGCAGACAUAGAAUAGGGCCAAAUUCGCCUUACGUUUCUGCACCGACCACUGAACCUAUUUAAAUUUUACUCAUAUUGAAGAUAUACCUAUUCCUGAUAAAAUAACUGAGGAUAGAUGCCAUAACAUAUGAUUGUCUAUCUACAGGAUGGUAGAAUAUAACAGUCAAAGUUUAACAACCAAAUAACUACUUACUGAAAAAGUUCAAAAUAGCUCUCCUGUAAAAUUUUAUAAAUUCGACAUCUCAUAUCACGUUAUGACAUCUACCCAAAUACAAAUAGAUUGUAGGCUGUAGGUUGUAAAUAUUUCAUAAGUUUAUUCUAAAAUAUAGGAAAAUGUUAGAA